AUGAUGCAACGCACCACGCUGCACAAGGUUGCGGCGUACGGAACCAUUGCCACCACGCUUGUGACCAUCUUUACGUGCGUAGUCAUCUCGUCGGCAACCGACUCGUGGUACGGCGGCCUAACCGUGCCGUACAUCUCCGAUACUGGCCGCGAGAAGCCUGAGACGUACUUGUUUGCCAUCGGCAUGUCUACGGCGGCACUCCUUGCCGGUGUUGUCGCCACAACCGAGGCCAGCUACCUCCGCGCCCAUCUCGGUGCCCUCAAACUGCCCGCAGACUCGGGCAAGCUCCCGGUCCGCUUUGGUUGGCUCGGCGCCUCGCCCGUCGUGCUCAGCCGGAUGGCGACCGUGGCGUGGAUCAACCAUCUCCUUGCCGUUCCGUUUGGCAUCAUUGUCGGCACCGUCUCUACCCGCGUCUCCAUCGGCCUCCACGUCCUCGGCGCUGCCGGUUUCUUCCUCUUUACCAUGAUCGCCACCGUCCUCAACACCAUUGUCGUCGGGCAAGCACUCUCUGGCGGCGCUGUCUGGCUCUCACUCUCGUUCAAGCUGAAGCGGGUCCUUGUCUCCAUGGCUUGCGUCACCGUCAUCCUCUACCAGGGCGUUGGCCGCGUCGUCGCUUGCGACGCGCCCGACAACGACGGCGUCUACGACUACCGCGAGUCACGCAUCGGUCUACCUUUUCUCACCAUUGUCGCCACCUAUGCUCUCGACAUCUUUGACGCUGCCCUCCAUCGCUCGCCGUCUGUCUCGGAUGGCGAAGCCGCACUGGCCGACGCGCACCACGCAGGCUCGGGCUCGGACUCGGGCUCGGACUCGGGCUCCGGCUCGGGCUCGCCUACCGUCACUGGCACUGACACUGGCACCGGCUCGGCCUCGCGCUCGACCGCAAGCUAG